GGAUGGUAACAUUGGCACAGCCUGCCAGCCGUUACCUGACUUCAAAGACCAAACCCAAAUCUCCUUUCUUCAUGUUUCGUUGAUCCCACGAAAAGAAAAAUCUUGUGUAGUUCUUGUUCUGGGUAUUUUCUGCUGAGCAAAGUUGACCCCUUUUUCUUUUUUGUGUGUCUUACACAUUAUAUGAUCAUUUGUUCAGCUAAAACUUAGAUUCAUAUACAAGAAAUGGGUCUCUCAAGUCUGCCAUCUCCGUCAGAAGGAAUGCUAUGUAUACUGUUGGUAAACACAGCUUUAUCCAUAUCUGUAAUUAAAGGCAUACUUCGAUCCAUCCUUCACGUUGUCGGUAUCCAUCUCUCGUCGCUAUCACCAUCCCCGGAUUCCAUCGAAAAUGAAUCAUUUGAUUUCCAGUUCAGUACAUCUGAAUUUUACAUUGAGGAGUUCCGGAGUAGGACGCCGGCAAUUCAAUUUGACACUUUAUGCAGUUGCAAGCGAGCCGAGAAUGACUGUCCGGUCUGCCUGUCUGAGUUUGAGCCUAAAUCGGAGAUUAACCGAUUGUCUUGCGGCCAUCUCUUUCACAAGGUGUGCUUGGAAAAAUGGUUGAAUUAUUUGAAAGUUACUUGCCCUCUUUGCAGGACUCCUCUGCUGCCGGAAGAAGAGAGUUGCUGCUUGGGGUGAGAACAUUAAGAAGCAUGAUGAGUAUGAGGAAAUUUGAAUGUACAGCGUGUUUAUGGUAUAUGGGUAUAUAAAUUAAAUGUGAUGAGCAUUGGCUUAGUGCUAAGCUACCCGCAAGUUUUAACUUGAUGUGGUGAUGUGCUAAUGAAUGUACAUGUUGUCGAGGUUUCUAAUGUUAUAUGCGAAUCUCAUUCUGUCUUUUCCAUUCUAA